GAGCGGAGGAACUUUCCUAAGGCAGAGGCUUUUAGGACGCGGGCCCCGCAACCAGAUGGUCCGCAGGAGAAACGCCAGCUCCAGCCGCAGCACCCGGAGCGGCAGAGCCCCGCCGAGCCGCAGGGACUGAGCCGGCGCAGGGGGGGGCAGCGCAGCAGCCGCGGUGCCCAGCGCCAGAGCCCGAGGCAGGGUCUGGAGCCCCCCACCCCGACGGCGGCAGCUCGAUCCUCUGCCGGGGGGGCCCCCUGCGCCGUCUUCUCCUCCCCGCAUCCCCCUUUGCUUUCAUGCAACGCCUGGUGGCCUGGGACGCAGCAUGCCUCCCCAUCCAGCCGCCCGCCUUUAAAUCCAUGGAAGUGGCGAAUUUCUAUUACGAGGCGGACUGUCUGGCUGCUCUCAACAAGCUGCACCCGCGGGCGGCCGGGGGCCGCUCCAUGACCGAGCUGACCGUAGGGGACCACGAGCGAGCCAUCGACUUCAGCCCCUACCUGGACCCCUUAGCAUCCCAGCAGCCGGCGCAGCCGCCUCCUCCCGCAGCAGCAGCAGGGGGCAACUUUGAGCCUCCGUGCAGCAGCGGCGGCGGCCAAGAUUUCCUUUCCGAUCUCUUCGCCGAGGACUAUAAAGGCAGCGGCGGCAAGAAGCCCGACUACACCUACAUCAGCCUCGGCCGGCACGGCCACCCGUGCGGCAGCCAGAGCCACAAGCCGGGGGGGCUGCCGGGCUGCUUCCCGCCGCAGAUCGUGGAGACCAAAGCCGAGCCGGUCUUCGAGACCCUGGACUCUUGCAAAGGGCCCCGUAAGGAAGAAGGGGGGGCCGGGCCGGGACCGGGGGGCAUGUCCUCGCCCUACGGCAGCACCGUGCGCUCCUACCUGGGCUACCAGUCGGUGCCGAGCGGCAGCAGCGGGAACCUGUCCACCUCGUCCUCCUCCAGCCCCCCCGGCACCCCCAACCCCUCCGAGUCCUCCAAGUCGGCCGCGGCCGGCGGGGGCUACUCGGCCCCCCCCGCGGGCAAGAACAAGCCCAAGAAGUGCGUGGACAAGCACAGCGACGAGUACAAGCUGCGCCGGGAGAGGAACAACAUCGCGGUGCGCAAGAGCCGCGACAAAGCCAAAAUGCGCAACCUGGAGACGCAGCACAAAGUCUUGGAACUGACGGCCGAGAACGAGCGGCUGCAGAAGAAGGUGGAGCAGCUCUCCCGGGAGCUCAGCACCCUCAGGAACUUGUUCAAACAGCUGCCCGAGCCCCUGCUCGCCUCCUCGCCGCGCUGCUGACCCCCCUUCCCCGGGGCCGGCCGGAGGGGAGCGCCGGUGGCCGGCUCCCCGCUGCGCCCCCCCCCCCCCGCCGGGGGAGCCCGGGGCUGGGGGCCCGCAGCGUGCCCCCGGGGCUCCCCCCGGGCUCGGCGGGGCUUUCUGCUCGGUUUGCUCUUUAUUUACGCGUCGGCGGAGGGGCCCGGCGAGGCCGCCAGGGCGCGGGGGCGCGCCGGGGGUCGGGGGUCGGGGGCCGGCGGCCGCGGGGCUCUGCGGGCUGCUGGGCGCUGGGGGUAUUUAACACAGCGAGAGGAGAGCAGGGCGAAGUGAUGCAAUCCUUGAAGCAUGGCUGGGAAUGCUGCGUACAUGAUGCAAUCUCGUGUAACUGUCAGUCAUGGAUUGAGUAAUCUGUUAAAGAUGUUCCUACGUUUUUUUUUUUUUAUUAUAAAGAAUAAUCUAUUUCUAUAAGAAAAUACAUAUGUAUAUUUUGGGAUCUAUGCAUUCUUGCUACGUUUGAAGCAUUAAUGAACAAUUUUAAUAAACUUUAUGACUAGGUUAAAAAAA